AUGAACAUUGCGGCAGCAGUUAAACCUAAGACAUAUGCUGUUACUACAGCCAAGUUUUUGGACCGUAAACCACGUGACGAAGCUGACCAACCACAAACAGCUCUUGACGCGCCUUCCAGGAUGAACCUGACUACCACACCUAACAGCGAUGCUGGUGCUGGUACAGGAAUAGAGCAUUCCAAAACGGCAUCCGGGCCUUCAUCAAAUGUUAACGACAGCCUGGCAGACUGGGGCUUCAGGAAUGCCAACUUCACUACCCUGAAUGCCACCGGCCGUGCAGGCCCGACCAGCCUUGGUGACCACUACCGCGGACAGGACCACGAGAAGCUGGUGACCUUACAGAACGGGAUCCAGCUCUUCACUGUGCCUGACACCGACAGCUACCAGAUUGAAGUUGCAGGUGCAGCAGGAGGCUGGGACGAAGCUAACAGCAACGAGAAUUACCGAGGUUAUGGUGCAAUGAUGAAGGGAACCUUCAAUCUUACUCAAGGAGAUGUGCUGAAGAUUCUCGUCGGCCAGGAAGGGGUGGGGACCAGUGGAAGCCUUUCAACAGGAGGCGGAGGUGGAACGUUUGUGACGAGGCUUAACAACACGCCCCUAAUCAUAGCUGGUGGGGGAGGGGGGAUGCAGUGGUUGAGUAGAGUCUAUGAGUCGUGCGACGGGACGACUCUUACGUCAGGGCAAAGGAGUUACAAGGGUACUAAAGGCCGGGCGGGCAACUCUGAUGACGAAGUCAAUGCGGGCGGUUCUGACGGGCACGGAGCGACAGAGGGGAAGGGUUAUCUAGGUGGGGGAGGAGGGGGACUCCUGACAAAUGGUGGAAGCGGUUAUUUGUUCAUGCCUGGGUCCGGUACCAUCGGCGGGGAGGGUGGAUACGCGUUUGUAAACGGUGGAAAGGGAGGGAGGGGGUUGCCUCGCGGAUAUACAGCAGAAGGAGGGUUCGGUGGGGGAGGGGCGGGCUCCACUCCAGGCAAAGGGUCAGGAGGAGGAGGGGGGUACUCCGGGGGAGGGAGGGGAAUGCCAAACAUGUGUGAGUGUGGAGGAGGGGGAGGAUCCUUUAAUGCAGGCACUAACACCAGUGGUAAGAACGGAACCAACGCUGGGCCUGGUUACGCAACGAUCGUAAGGCUGUUGGAUUGA